GCCUGCAGCGGCGGUUGCCGGGGGAAUGAGCUCCGAGAAGGGGAACGUAGCGCGCAGGCGGCCCCAGCGCCACCAGAACGCGCGCGCCUUCAGGAACGACAAGUACGACACCAGCGCGCGGCUGAAGAAAAUAAAUUCUAAACUUCAUGACGGAGUGUGUCAGCAUUGUAAAGGUAUUUUGGAGUGGCGGGUAAAAUUCAGCAAGUAUAAACUACUAUCAAAACCUAAAAAAUGUGUGAAGUGCCUCCAGAAAGCUGUGAAAGAUCCUUACCACAUUAUUUGUCGACCAUGUGCUAGUAAACUAGAAGUUUGUGCCAAAUGUGGAAAGGAAAAAGAAAUUGUAAUUCCGAUCAAUAAAGGACAAGAUGGAAUUGAGGAUAAGACUACUAAAAAUGGCCAGGAAAGUGGACUGGAGGAUGAACUGGAUUUUGACAUGAACUUGAGUAGUACAGACAGUGAAGAAGAUUCUGAUAGGCUUGAAGAAAGAUUUAAAAGUAUGAACUUUGAAAGGACAGAGAUUCAAAAACUUGAGUUUGUAGAAGAGACUGUACACAAUGAAUUGUGAUAGACUGAUGCUUUCCUCUGACUUCUGCUCUGAAAACCUGGUCUGACAUUUAAAAUCCUCAUGUAUUGGCACAGUGUGUUUUGAUUCUUGUUGUGGAGAGACUUGUUACUUGUUUGAAAGACUCAGAGUUUGAAUCUUUAAGUACAGUUAUUUCUUGUAUGGAUGUUCCUCUGUGUGUUAUUGAUAUGAGUCCAGUAUUACACAACUGUUGUAUUGCCAUUUGAAAAACUACAUGGACAUCUGUAGUUCAAACAAAGAAAUAAAAAGUUCUGUCAUUUAAAAAAAAAAAAAAAA